AUGAGGGCUGGUGUUGAUGUCUUUGCUCUUGACUAUGAUGCUAUUAUUGCUGCCAUGUAUGCAUUGACUGUUAGUGCCGAGGGAGACUGUUACUUGUGUGUGCCGCCUGACCCAGGUAUAGAGCCCGCUGCCCUGGGUACUAGUGAGUCUGCUCUCUCUGGUAUGGUGCCCCCUGUACUUGCUCCCUCCAGUGCUGUCCCGGCUGUUUUCGAGUCUGCUCUCUCAGGUACAGCACCCACAGAGACUGCUCUCUCAGGUACCGCACCGGCUGAGGCCUGUCACACCUUCACCCUUGACUCAGGUGCUUCCCGUUGCUUCUUUCGUGACAGUACUGAGCUCACACCGCUUCCUGCACCGGUCCCAGUCUCCUUGGCUGACCCCUCUGGGGGCCCAGUCCUUGCCCAGUCCACCACUGUCCUCCCUUGUCCGGCGGUUCCGUCUGGCUCGUUGUCGGGUUUCCACCUCCCCUCGUUCUCGACGAACCUGGUGAGCAACGCUGUCCUCCAGGAUCAGUGGGUUGACACCUUUACCCCUGGAGGACAGCGUGUGGCGAUCUGCACGUGCUCCAGGACCGGCCGUCACCUGGCUACGUUUACCCGUCGGCCGGGGUCGAGUCUCUACACACUGACCACUGCGUCUCCUCAGGUCGCUGCUGUCGGUCAGGUGUCUGCGUCAGGUCUGGUAGCCCACGCCUGUGAGUGUCGUUCCCUGUCGCACCAGACUCUUCUCUGGCACCACCGCCUGGGUCACCCCUCCUUGCCACGCCUUCGUGGCAUGCACCGUCGCCACCUUGUGUCUGGUCUUCCCAGGUCCCUCCCUCCCCUCCCUGCCUCGCCUGCGCCGCCUUGCCUUCCUUGCGUCGAAGGGCGGCAGCGCGCCGCUCCUCACUCCUCCUCGUUCCCCCCGACAGAGGCUCCUCUGCAGACCCUCCACCUGGACGUGUGGGGCCCAGCCCGCGUUCGUGGUCAGGGCGGUGAGCGGUACUUUUUGCUGGUUGUCGACGACUACUCGCGUUACACCACGGUCUUCCCCUUGCGCACCAAGGGUGAGGUCCCUGCUGUUCUGAUCCCUUGGAUCCGCACAGUUCGUCUCCAGCUCCGCCGCCGUUUCCGGACGGAUCUUCCUGUCCUGCGUCUGCACUCUGACAGAGGUGGUGAGUUUUCCUCCGACCUCUUGAGGACCUUCUGUCAGGCGGAGGGCAUCGAGCAGACCUUCACGCUUCCGGACUCCCCACAGCAGAAUGGGGUUGCUGAGCGCCGCAUUGGCCUGGUCAUGGAGGUCGCUCGUACCUCCUUGGUCCACGCGGCGGCUCCCCAUUUUCUGUGGCCGUUUGCUGUCCGGUACGCCGCGCAUCAGCUCAACCUCUGGCCCCGUGUCUCCUUGCCGGAGACCUCGCCCACACUGCGUUGGACGGGGGAGGUUGGCGAUGCGUCGCGCUUCCGGGUGUGGGGUGCUCGUGCCCUUGUCCGCGAUACGUCCGCGGACAAGCUCUCCUCCCGCACGCUUCCCUGUGUCUUCCUUGGCUUUGUCCCUGACGCGCGUGGCUGGCAGUUUUACCACCCCACCUCGCGCCGGGUCUUCGCCUCUCAGGAUGUCACCUUUGACGAGUCGGUCCCUUUUUACCGUCUCUUCCCCUACCGCACUGCCCCCCUCCCUCCCCCGCCGCUUUUCCUUGCUCCUGGUCCCCCUCCGGUAGACCCCCUUCCCCCUCAGGGUCCUGCUCCUUCAGGUGUCUCUCAGGUAGACCCUCCUCCCGUCGCUGAGCCUGUCGAGGUCACAGGUGACUCAGGUGCUGCUGCAGGUGGUACUGCUGGGAGUGCUGAGCCUGGGGGUGCUGAGCCUGCGGGUGCUGGGCCUGGGAGUGCUGGGACCUGCGGGUACUGGAGCUGA